GUGAACUAUUUUAGUGUUGGCGGGUGCGGCCAUCUUUGAUAGUCCUUGUCGGUCUCUGUGUCGAGUGUAUAAAUCCUAAUCAAAUUUUUAUCUAAAUCCAUCGAAGAUGGCAGAAAGAGAAGAUAAUGUUUACAAGGCGAAGUUAGCUGAGCAGGCUGAAAGAUAUGAUGAAAUGGUGGAGGCGAUGAAGAAGGUCGCCUCCCUGGAUGUGGAAUUGACCGUUGAGGAGAGGAACCUGUUAAGUGUCGCAUACAAGAAUGUGAUAGGAGCACGACGGGCCUCUUGGAGGAUCAUCAGCUCUAUUGAGCAGAAGGAAGAGAACAAGGGUGCUGAGGACAAGCUAGAAAUGAUCAGGCAGUAUCGAUCACAAGUGGAGAAAGAGCUCAAGGACAUCUGCUCUGACAUUUUGAAUGUGUUGGACAAGCAUCUCAUUCCCUGUGCUUCAACAGGCGAAUCGAAAGUGUUUUAUUACAAAAUGAAGGGAGAUUACCACCGAUACUUGGCAGAGUUUGCGACAGGCACUGACAGGAAGGAUGCUGCAGAGAACUCCUUAGUGGCGUACAAGGCAGCAAGUGACAUUGCAAUGACUGAGCUGCCUCCCACACACCCUAUCAGGUUGGGGCUCGCCCUGAACUUCUCAGUAUUUUACUAUGAGAUUUUGAACUCCCCGGACCGAGCCUGCAGGUUGGCCAAAGCAGCAUUUGAUGAUGCAAUUGCAGAACUGGAUACACUCUCAGAAGAGAGCUACAAGGAUUCAACUCUCAUCAUGCAACUGCUCAGGGAUAACCUCACUUUGUGGACCUCCGACAUGCAAGGGGAUGGAGAUUCAGAGCAGAAGGAACAACUCCAAGAUGUGGAAGAUCAGGAUGUCUCAUAGACUCAAGCGUGUGUAUAAGUGUUGUGACAUUCGACGCCCGGACAGUGUAGGGCGAUAAGCCACGAGGCAGGGGAACAAUGUAGUAGUCUUUACUACCCAGUGCGUUUUUUUUCUAUGUUAUAGGAAGCCAAAAUAUCUGCUUUCUGUCGGUGGCUACAGGGUUGCGCAUCAUUCAGCUGCCAUUUCGAUGCCCCAUUUCUUGUUUUCAUGUUUACUGUGUAGUUCAUAUAUGUGUGAUUAUUAGCGGAUUACCUAAUGAAAUCCGAUUACUGAGCUCGUUGUUUUGGAAAAUAAGUUUCUGCGUGUUACACAUGUUUAGCCCAUUAGAAGUUAAUCUAUUCCUUAUUUGUAAAUACUAUUAAUUUAUCGUGUGUUAUAGAUACUAUCUCGUAAAUUACUUUUGUGUUUUCUGUUUGGGUUUUAAUAUUUUUAGUAUUUCAAUUGUUAAGGCUAAGCCAGUGUAAGGUUAUUGUUUAAAACAUGUAAUUUCAAAUAUUAUCUUCUAUUUAAUAUAACAGUUUAAAUGCAAGUGUUGUCAAAAGUGCAGAUGUUUUAUGUACCAAACAGAAUGUUUGGUAAAAUAUAAUUCCAUUUUGACCCUUGCCAAUAUUAAACAUCAAGGCCCAAUUAUAGAUGAAGGGUCCUACUGCACUACAAACGAUUUUCUUGUUUAAGAAACAGGAAAUAUAAAUUAAUUUUAAAUAUACAUAUUUAUUUACUUGUGUCUAAACACGUGGAAACAUCAAAACUUAUUCAAUAUUAUUGCAUUUGAUUUAAAACAUUCCUAAAUGGAACACAGAACCUUAAGUAUUAUAUCCCUGCCUCUGAGGUGGUACUUAAUAGUUAUACCGUGUGUUAUUUCCAUUAAUAUUUUUUGUACGAGUACCUAUACCCCUGCCUAAAAUAAUUUCUUUUAUGAUUACUGUUUUAAAAGCUUUAAAAAUUCAAAUUAGUUGUUUUGUGCAGUCUUUUGAAAUAGCACUUCAUUUGAUAGCAAUACCAAAACCAUUUUAUAUUAAGUCAUUGAUUAAUUAUGAGGUUGAUUCAGUUUAAAGCUGUGUAUUCUUUAGUCACAAUUAUGGUUAUAAAUUCCAUUAUCUAGUAUAGUAAGUUAUUUUAAACUUUCAAAUGUCAUUGUACGAGUUAUAAAUGUCAAAUUUAAUGAAACCUAAGUUGAUUCCUUCACUUCAAAAUGUCUUGAGAUUGAAUGACUGUUACACUGUAAAGAUUUUAACCUUCAAUUUGUAUUAAGCCAAUUUUAUUUUGUAAGUAUGUAUGUAUCUAGAUCACGUGGCCGAAUUCCACAAGUUCAACUCCUACUAUAUAUUCUGUGUUGGUAUUUAAUUUAAAGCAUGUAUAAAUUAAAUUACCAUAUCUUUUUAAGUGCCCAAUUUUAACAGACUUUACUGUACAUUUUUUAUAUGUGCUGCCUGAUAUUUUUUACAAAGCCGAAAGAAACUUUAAAACCAUCAGAUUGUAUUUUUUUUAAUGCAUUUGAUUUGGCUCAGUAAAAAUAUUCAGUGAUAUCAUAAUAUAUAUUGUUUAGUAAAGUUGGGAAAAUUUUGCACACUAAUUGGAAAGUUUAACAAUAUUCAUAGAGCUGUAAAUUUAUAGUCGGUGUUGAACUGCCAGCCUGUUGUGUGCUGUACCAUUUGAAUGCAUUGUAAGGAGCUGUGUGAAAGUUAAUGUAUGUUUGUGUGUACAUCUAAUAUAUAUAUUAAUUAAUUACAUGUUUUGUUUUGUUCUAUGCAUUCCGUUCUCUUAUUUGGCUCCGACGUAACUCAAUAACAACCGGGCUUAUUAACUUAAAUAUGCUUAAUUGCUCUGAUAGUUGAUCCAAAACAUCACUAGUAUUUCUUGCCUUUCUCAUAUUGUCAUAAUUUAACUUACUUUUCUUUAAUGUUUUUCUCUGUAGGCCAUAGGUUAAUGUUUAAUAUUUGUGUGUGCUUCUGCACAAUCUGUUCAAAAGUCUAAAUUAUUGUUCUGCAGCUGAUGGAAAACGAAAAUUACAUAUAUGCCAGCUUUAAUGUGAAACCACUAUUAAUAUUAUAAUAUUUGCCUGGAGCAUGUACCUUUGUAGGGAUUAGUAUUUAAAUUACAAAUCCGGCAUUUAUGUAACAA